UGCUCUCUUCUCGCGAGAAUUGCUUCUCCCAUAUUCUCCUCUCACGAAGCCCCGCCCGCGGAGAGGUUCCAUAUUGGGUAAAAUCUCGGUUCGCGGAGAGUUCCAGGAGCUGUUCUCGCGAGAGUACGGGGAGGCUCCCGUUUGCUGGCUCUGGAACCGGGACCACUGGAUCCUCAGCGGGCGCAGCUGGAGCAGAAGUCCUGCGACGCAGCCCAGAGUCGGCCUAGUAGGGGCGAAGGUGCAGGGAUAUCGCGGCGCGCGCAGCCUUGAGCGCCAGAGCGCGUCCCUUCUCUUAACCGGGCUUGCCCCAGUCGCAGAGGCGCAUCCAGCCGCUGCGGCUGACAGCAGCCGCGCGCGCGGGAGUCUGCGGGGUCGCGGCAGCCGCACCUGCGCGGGCGACCAGCGCGAGGUCCCCGCCCGGUUGGGCGGGCAGCAAGGGCCGGGGAGAGGGUGCGGGUGCAGGCGGGGGCCCCACAGGGCCACCUUCUUGCCUGGCGGCUGCCGCUGGAAAAUGUCUCAGGAGAGGCCCACGUUCUACCGGCAGGAGCUGAACAAGACAAUCUGGGAGGUGCCCGAGCGUUACCAGAACCUGUCUCCAGUGGGCUCCGGCGCCUAUGGCUCUGUGUGGUGAGUGUCGCCGGGCCUCGCUGGGGCUGCUGUGGUCAGGGUGGCCCCUCGCGCCCGAGGGCCAGGCCUGCCCCACGGCUCAGCGUUGCGUCAAGUGGCAGGAAUUUUCCUCGGGGGAGGGCAUUGCUGCCCUUCGAGCCCUGCCUGUUCUGCACCUCCUGCACCCCUCGCCCUGCACUCGCGGGUAUGUGGUCCACCGUGUGCAGCACUCAGGUCCGCUGCGAGAGUGCUGCUUUUGACACAAAAACGGGAUUACGUGUGGCAGUGAAGAAGCUAUCCAGACCAUUUCAGUCCAUCAUUCAUGCCAAAAGAACCUACAGAGAACUGCGGUUACUUAAACAUAUGAAACAUGAAAAUGUGAUUGGUCUGUUGGACGUUUUUACACCUGCAAGGUCUCUGGAGGAAUUCAAUGACGUGUAUCUGGUGACCCAUCUCAUGGGGGCAGAUCUGAACAACAUUGUGAAAUGUCAGAAGCUUACAGAUGACCACGUUCAGUUCCUUAUCUACCAAAUUCUCCGAGGUCUAAAGUAUAUACAUUCAGCUGACAUAAUUCACAGGGACCUAAAACCUAGUAAUCUAGCUGUGAAUGAAGACUGUGAGCUGAAGAUCCUGGAUUUUGGACUGGCUCGGCACACAGAUGAUGAAAUGACAGGCUACGUGGCCACUAGGUGGUAUAGGGCUCCUGAGAUCAUGCUGAACUGGAUGCAUUACAACCAGACAGUUGAUAUUUGGUCAGUGGGAUGCAUAAUGGCCGAGCUGUUGACUGGAAGAACAUUGUUUCCUGGCACAGACCAUAUUGAUCAGUUGAAGCUCAUUUUAAGACUCGUUGGAACCCCAGGGGCUGAGCUUUUGAAGAAAAUCUCCUCAGAGUCUGCAAGAAACUAUAUUCAGUCUUUGACUCAGAUGCCGAAGAUGAACUUUGCAAAUGUAUUUAUUGGUGCCAAUCCCCUGGCUGUCGACUUGCUGGAGAAGAUGCUUGUAUUGGACUCAGAUAAGAGAAUUACAGCAGCCCAAGCCCUUGCACAUGCCUACUUUGCUCAGUACCAUGAUCCUGAUGAUGAACCAGUGGCCGAUCCUUACGAUCAGUCCUUUGAAAGCAGGGACCUCCUUAUAGAUGAGUGGAAAAGUCUGACCUAUGAUGAAGUCAUCAGCUUUGUGCCACCACCCCUUGACCAAGAAGAGAUGGAGUCCUGAGCACCUGGUUUCUUUUUCGUUGAUCCCACUUCACUGUGAGGGGAAGGCCUUUUCACGGGAACUCUCCAAAUAUCAUUCAAGUGCCUCUUGUUGCAGAGAUUUCCUCCAUGGUGGAAGGGGGUGUGUGUGCGUGCGUUAGUGUGUGUGCAUGUGUGUGUCUGUCUUUGUGGGAGGGUAAGACAAUAUGAGCAAACUAUGAUCACAGUGACUUUACCUGAGGUUGUGGAUGCUCCAGGGCAGCCUCCACCUUGCUCUUCUUUCUGAGAGUCAGCUCAGGCAGACAAGAGCUACUGUCUUUUUAGGGAUCUGUUCAAUGCAAAGUAAAAAAAAAUAUGAAAUGUCCCCAAUCCCAGUCCUGCAUUUGCCACUUUGACUUCUCCUGGAAUCCCACCUUGAUGGUGGGGGGGUAGACUUUGACAACAUCCCACAGUGGCAUGGAGAGAAGGCCCACAUCUUCUGGCUGCUUCAGACCUGGCACCAUCCCUCAGUGAUGCGUACAGCCAAAAAGGACCAACCGGCUUCUGUGCACUAGCCUGUGAUUAACUUGCUUAGUAUGGUUCUCAGAACUUGACAGGUGUAUUUGAAACUGUAAAUAUGUUUGUGCCUUAAGAGGAGAGAAAAAAGUAUAGAUAGUUAAAAGACUGCAGCUGCUGAAGUUCUGAGCCUGGCAAGUUGAGAGGGCUAUAGGACAGCUGCCUGUGGGCCUGGAGUAACCAGGCAGCCUUCAGAGGUGGCCAUAUGUGCAUGUGAGCGCAUGCAUAUAUGUGCGUCUCUCUCCCUCACCCCCAGGUGUUGCCAUUUCUCUGCUUACCCUUCAUGUUCGGUGCAGAGGUUUCUUGAAUAUCUGCCCCAGUAGUCAGAAGCAGGUUCUUGAUGUCAUGUACUUCCUGUGUACUCUUUAUUUCUAGCGGAGUGAGGAUGUGUUUUGCACGUCUUGCUAUUUGAGCAUGCACAGCUGCUUGUCCUGCUCUCUUCAGGAGGCCCUGGUGUCAGGCAGGUUUGCCAGUGAAGACUUCUUGGAUAGUUUAGAUCCCAUGUCACCUCAGCUGAUGUUACAGCAAGUGACAUCAUCCUCUCUUGAGCCCCAGUGCUGUUCUGUGUUGAACACAAUUGAUACUUCAGGUGCUUUUGAUGUGAAAACCAUGAAAAGAGGAACAGAUGGAUGUACAGCAUUUUCACUCAUGCCAUCUGUUUUCAACAAACUAUUUUUGGGGAGCUAUCAUGGGAAAGAUCAGGGCUUUUCCCAGGAAUAUCCCAAACUUUGGAAACAAGUUAUUCUCUUCACUCCCGAUAACUAAUGCUCAGAAAUGCUGAAAAUCAAAGUAAAAGGUUAAAGCUCAUGAGGCCAGAAACUCCUUUUGCUAUCUUUCUCUAAAUAUGGUUACUUUAAAACGAAAAAAAAAAGUAACAAGGUGUCUUUUCCACUCUUCUAUGGAAAAGGGUCUUCUUGGCAGCUUAACAUUGACUUCUUGGUUUGGGGAAAAAUAAAUUUUGUUUCAGAAUUUUGUAUAUUGCAGGAAUCCUUUGAGAAUGUGAUUCCUUUUGAUGGGGAGAAAGGGCAAAUUAUUUUAAUAUUUUGUAUUUGCAACUUUAUAAAGAUGACAUAUCCUCAGGGGUGGAGAAGAGUUGUUUUCAUAACUUUCUGAAUUUCAGGCAUUUUGUUCUUCAUGAGGGCUCGUAUACUUAAGCCUUUAGUGUAAUAAGAAAGUAUAAAGUCACUUCCAGUUUGGCUGUGUGACAGAAUCUUGUAUUUGGGCCAAGGUGUUCCCAUUUCUCAAUCAGUGCAGUGAUACAUGUACUCCAGAGGGACAGGGUGGACCCCCUGAGUCAACUGGAGCAAGAAGGAAGGAGGCAGGCUGAUGGUGAUUCCCUCUCAGCUGGGACUCUCCCCCUUUCAAGGAAAGCAAACGUAAAGGCCUCAUCUCCUUUAUUGCAGUUCAAAUCCUCACCAUCCACAGCAAGAUCAAUUUUAUCAGCCAUGUUUGGUUGUAAAUGCUAGUGUGAUUUCCUACAGAAAUACUGCUCUGAAUAUUUUUUAAUAAAGGUCUUUGCACAUGUGACCACAUACGUGUUAGGAGGCUGCAUGCUUCGGAAGCCUGGACUCUACGCUGGAGAUCUCGGAAGAGCUCUUCGGUUUCUGAGCAUAAUGCUCCCAUCUCCUGACUUCUCUGAACAGAAAACAAAAGAGAGAAUGAGGGAAAUUGCUAUUUUAUUUGUAGUCAUGAACUUGGCUGUAAUCAGUUAUGCCAUAUAGGAUGUCAGACAAUACCACUGGUUAAAAUAAAGCCUAUUUUUCAAAUUCA